AUGGCGGCGGAUCCAGCAAUUAUCCGGAAUAAUGACUCGUUUUGGGAUACUGACGAUUUUACACGAUUCGGAAGGACUCAGUUGUUGAACAACUAUUUUCCAUUGGCAAUUAUAGUCUCAAUUGCCAUUUUUGAAACUUACCAUUUUUUCACGUCUCGUAACAAGAAACUUACUAAGUCUAACCUAGUGAAUGAGUAUUUAUAUGGCUUACCAGAAGAACGUGAUGGUAGUGAUGAGAGGCUCAUACGAAGCCUACAUGUCCACACUCAGUACGUUGAUGUGAAAGAACAAGGAAGAUUUUUACAAUCAAGGCAUUUUGACGUAAGGGAUGUAGAUGUCAAGGAAUUCGACAGCAAACAUCAUGGCGGCCUAACUUUUAAGGAAACCUCUACUGUUGACCGUUUGAGAAAGAUAUUCGAGGUCGUAUUAGUGUCAUUGCAAGUAGUUGUUCUAUUUCUUUUAAAAUUAACAAGUUUUGAUACUGAAUUAGCAAACAAAGACAUUUCGAUUUUACUUUUACUCUGGGUACUAUUACUUUCUCUCACCGGCAUAAGAGUUUAUAAACAUGCAAAGAAUCACUGGAUAGUCUGCUAUGCUUCCUACACAGCUAUCUGGCUUUCCACCUGGUUGCCAGUACGCUCGAUAUAUAUCGGCAAUAUCAAUGAUGUACCCUCACGAACUUUCUACGGCUUUGAAUUUACAAUAACUUCAAUUCUACAACUUAUACUGAUUACUGCAUCAAUCAAAGACACUUCUCCCAUAAUUUAUACUAGGAAUGGUUAUAUAUCCCCUUCAAAAGAACAUACAUCAUCCAUUUUGAGUUUAAUCACGUGGAGUUGGAUUAAUGAUUUCAUAUCGCAGGCUCAAAAGUGCACCAUUAAACUAAAGGAUGUUUGGGGCCUGUCAAUGGAAAAUUAUUCCAUCUUUAUUUUGAAAAGGUUCACCAAGAGGAAUGUAAUCAAAAAUGGAUUGACUUUGUCGCUAUUUGAAUUUUUCAAAUGGGACUUGUUUAUUGAAUUGUUAUGGGUUUCAGUUAAUAGUAUUGUUAACCUUUUUCCAACCAUCCUAAUAAAAGAAGUCCUAGAAAUUGUGGAUAAUCGAGGCCAUUCCCCAUCAUCUAUCAACUUGGCGUGGCUCUAUGUCGCUGCCAUUUUCUUUUGUAGGUUAACAGUAGCAAUUUGCAAUUCGCAAGGACAAUUCAUUUCGGAUAAGAUUUGUUUGAGAGUGAGAUCUAUUCUUAUUAGUGAAAUUUAUUCAAAAGCCCUACGUAGGAAGUUGUUUACAUCACCCAAAGUCAAUGACGACAAAGAUAGUGCCUCUGCAAACCUCGGUACCGUUAUUAAUUUGAUUUCUAUUGACUCAUUUAAAGUAUCUGAAAUCUCAAACUGCAUUUAUACUACAGUACAGGCCGUUAUUAUGAUACUAAUUGUAAUAGUAUUACUUUUCAAGUUUUUGGGUCUUUCCGCCCUUGCAGGUAUCUCAAUCAUCUUGGUGAUGUUUCCAUUAAAUUUCAAGUUGGCUAGUUUAUUGGGUAGAUGUCAAGAACUAGCGCUACGAUGUACCGACGAAAGAAUCUCCAGAUUAAAUGAGUGCCUGCAGAACAUAAGAAUUGUAAAAUACUUUGCUUGGGAAAAUAACAUUUCAAAUGAUAUUAAGUCAUCAAGGCAAAAGGAACUAAAGUUCUUAUUUAGAAAAUCUUUGUUAUGGGCUGUAAGUUCUUUUCUUUGGUUUGUUACACCAACAUUAGUCACAAGUGUUACUUUUGCUGUCUAUAUAUUUGUUCAACAACAAGAAUUGAAUGCUCCCCUUGCUUUUACUACCUUGUCACUUUUCACUUUAUUGAAGACUCCCUUGGAUCAAUUAUCGAAUAUGCUAAGUUUCAUGAAUCAAUCAAAAGUGUCUUUAGAGAGGAUAGUUGAGUUUCUAAACGAGGAGGAUACAGCAAAAUACAACCAAUUAACUGUAUCUCCGGAUAAAAACAAAAUUAAAUUCAAAAAGGCAACUUUAGUCUGGAAUGAAAACGACAACGACAUUAACAAAUUCAGAUUAUGCGAUUUGAAUAUCAAUUUCAGAAUUGGCAAACUAAAUUUAAUCUUAGGUUCGACGGGUUCCGGUAAGAGCGCAUUGUUAAUGGGGUUAUUGGGUGAAUUGUACCUGCUUAGUGGUUCUAUCAUUGUUCCAGGUCUAGAACCGCGACAUGAUAUGAUCCCUGACCUUAACGGCUUAACUAAUUCCUUUGCAUACUGUUCACAAAGUGCCUGGCUACUGAAUGGCACAGUAAGGAACAAUAUCAUCUUUAAUGGCGUUUAUGAUGAAAAUAGAUACAAGAACGUAAUUGAUGCAUGUGGACUAAAAAGAGACUUAGAAAUUCUACCAGCCGGUGAUUCAACAGAAAUUGGUGAAAAGGGUAUAACAUUAUCAGGAGGGCAAAAGCAGAGAAUUUCUUUGGCAAGAGCGAUUUAUUCUAAUGCCAAACAUGUGUUGUUGGACGAUUGUUUAAGCGCAGUUGAUUCACACACUGCCAUAUGGAUCUACGAAAUUUGUAUCACAGGACUAUUGAUGAAAAAUAGAACAUGUAUUUUAGUCACGCACAAUAUUUCACUAGCCAUUAGAAAAGCAUACUUUGCAGUUAUCUUAGAAAAUGGGAAAGUGAAAAGUCAAGGUACUAUUACGGAGCUGAAGAAUAAGGGAGUUUUCAAAGAAGAUUUCGGUCAAUUGUCUUAUGAUGAUAACAACACUGAGAAAAACAUUAACAGAUCAGAAUAUUUCCAAGAAAUUGCCCCACGCAUAACGGGGAGCACCACAGAGGACACUGAGGUGAAUAUAGCUACUAAUGGCCAGCUGAUAGAAGAAGAACAAAAAUCAAACGGCGCCGUAAGUCUAGAUGUCUAUAAAUGGUAUUUGGGAUAUUUUGGGGGUUGGAAAGCUCUAACUACCUUAUUCAUUCUUUAUUUUGCAACUCAACUGCUAUUCAUCAGUCAAGCUUGGUGGAUAAAAUAUUGGGUGAAUAAUACCAAAAUGUGUAUAGAACCUUCCAGUUUCAGUAUGGAGGCAUCGUUGCUUUCAAAAGGAAAAACCAUAGGAAGUUCCAACCCUCCAAAAAAUAGACACACAGCUGUUUACUACUUAAGCAUGUACUUCUUAAUUGGUAUUAUUCAGGCACUAUUGGGUGGAAUUAAAACCAUGGCAACAUUUUUGUCUGGCUUGCAAGCUUCCAAGAAGAUCUUCAAUAAUAUGCUAGAUUUGGUUCUACAUGCUAACAUAAGAUUUUUCGACGUGACCCCGGUAGGGAGAAUCAUGAACCGUUUUGCGAAGGACAUCGAAGGGGUUGAUCAGGAACUGAUUCCGUAUUUGGAGGUGACCAUAUUUUGCUUAAUUCAAUGUCUAUCAAUUAUAUUUCUCAUAACCAUAAUUACCCCUCGCUUCUUGGUAGUCGCUGUUGUCGUACUGGUCCUGUAUUACUUUGUAGGAAAAUGUUAUUUGUCAGCUGGCAGGGAAUUGAAAAGAAUUGAUUCAAUAACAAAAUCUCCUAUUUUCCAGUAUUUCUCAGAGACUUUGGCAGGCGUUUGCACAAUCCGUGCCUUUGGUGACGAGAAAAGAUUUAUUUUGGAAAACAUGGAUAAAAUAGACCAAAAUAAUAGGGCCUUCUUUUACUUGUCCGUUGCCGUUAAAUGGUUUGCUUUCAGAGUUGACAUUAUUGGUGCCUUCAUUGUUUUAGGAUCAGGUUCUUUUAUUCUGCUUAAUAUUGGAGAUAUUGACUCUAGCCUUGCUGGAAUUUCUUUGACUUAUUCUAUUUUGUUUACAGAUGGGGCUUUAUGGCUAGUUCGGUUGUAUUCAACAUUCGAAAUGAAUAUGAACUCUGUGGAGAGAUUGAAGGAAUAUUCUGGCAUUGAGCAAGAAAACUAUAAUGAGAAUCACAUUCAAGCGCUUCAAAACUCGUUAUGGCCUGAGCAUGGUAAAAUUGAAGUUGACAACUUGUCCUUACGGUAUGCAUCAAAUCUACCCCCCGUAAUAAAAAACGUUAGUUUUACAGUGGAUCCUCAAACGAAGAUCGGAAUUGUGGGGCGGACUGGCGCAGGUAAAUCUACCAUUAUUACGGCAUUAUUCAGAUUAUUAAAACCAGUAACUGGAUGUAUAAAAAUUGAUGGCUAUGACAUAAGCAAAAUUGAUCUGGUGACUUUACGCCGCGCCAUCACUAUCAUUCCUCAAGAUCCCAUUUUAUUCACCGGUACAAUCAAAAGUAACCUUGAUCCGUAUGAUGAAUAUGACGAAAGGAGAAUUUUUAAGGUGCUUUCGCAAGUAAAUUUGAUUUCUUCACGUGAACUUGAGGAGACACUCAAUAGGGAGGAAAAUUUUAGUGGUGUUCAUAAUAGAUUUUUAAACCUUCGAACAGAGAUAGUGGAGGGAGGCUUGAACCUGUCUCAAGGUGAAAAACAGUUACUUUUCAUUGCAAGGUCACUGUUGCGCGAACCCAAAAUCAUACUAUUGGAUGAAGCUACCUCCUCCAUUGAUUACGAUUCUGACCAUUUGAUCCAAGGUAUCAUAAGAAACGAGUUCAGUAGAAGCACAAUUCUGACCAUUGCACAUCGUUUGAGGUCUGUUAUCGAUUACGACAAGGUGCUUGUAAUGGAUGCCGGUGAAGUAAAAGAAUACGAUCAUCCCUAUGAACUGUUGAAAAACGAGCGGAGUAUAUUUUAUAGCAUGUGUCGAGACAGCGGAGAUCUGCAGCUCUUGAAGCAAAUAGCCAAGAGCUCACUCAAAUGA